AUGAGUCUCCGGCAUAUCCUGCGACAGUUGCAGUCUUUUAUCUCAAAGCAGCAAUCGUCAAAUGCAGGACAUCUACCUUCGAGUGGAAGCUCUAAUGCUACGAGUAAUCGAUGCAGUAUUUAUGAUCAAGUGGGUGUGGAAGGACUCCAUCGUGAAUCAUAUGGCUUGACUUCCAACACCAUCCGUGUGGGCAGCUUUGAAAUCCCGCAGGAUGAGCAGGCAUUUUUGACGGAUGUGCUGAUUGCUCGCACCUUGAGUAAAAUCAAGUGGACUCAUGAGUCCAUCAUGAACUAUAUCAAGCGAGUGCAUGAAAGCCCUUUUGCGACCCUCGCCCCCGAGAAAAGGCCGAUUCACUUUGUUCUAGAGGAUUUAGAAAAGCUUGUGGUGGAUACAGAGGUAUCUAUUCGGAACAUUAUUCACAAUUGA